AUGUUCCAUGGAUUGCCAAGUGAAGACCCCAUUGACCACCUUGAUGAGUUUGAUAGGCUUUGUGAUUUGACAAAGAUCAAUGGUGUCUCUGAAGAUGCCAUCAAGCUGAGACUCUUUCCUAUGUCUCUAGCUGACAAAGCUCACCAAUGGGAGAAGAGCUUGCCCCAUGGCACAAUCACCACUUGGGAUGAAUGCAAGAAGGCCUUUCUUGCUAAGUUUUUCUCCACCGGUCGCACAGCCAAGCUUAGAGGAGUGAGAUAUCCAGCUUCAUCAGGAACAAUGAGACAUUCGCUGAGGCUUGGGAGAGGUUCAAGGCUACACAAGUAUAGAGAGAUGUUGACACAGCCAGCAAUGGGAACUUCCUCAACCAGGAUGUGGAUGAUGGCUGGCAGCUUGUGGAAACAUAGCAAACUCCAAUGGAAGCUAUGGAGAAGAUUGGAUAAGCUGAUCUUAGCUCAGUCCACAAUGAAGAAAGUCAACUUUGUGUCUGCUGAAGAGAUGGAACCAGUCCAAGAAGGGGAGGAUACACAAUUUGCUGAAGUGUGCUACAUGAGCAAUGGGCAAGGAGGACCAGGUCUAUCCUCAACAACAGCAAGCUCGAUCGAGUCAAGCCCCACAACAUGGGUAUGGUCAAAAGAACAACUACCAAGGCCCCAAGGGACUUUUCCUGGUCAGCAAAUGCACAUACCACCUGGCUUUCCCCACCAACCACCCCAGCCUGCACCUACACCUGAGAAUGAGCUCAAGGCUAUGCUGAAACAAUUGCUUCAAGGGCAAGCUGAUGGUGUUGUGGACACAAGCAAGAAGCUAGCUGAAAUCAACUCCAAGAUUGAGAAUCUCAACACAAGAGUGUACUCUCUGGAGAAUCAUGCUUCUUCUGUUGCUGCUGCUACAAAGCAAGGACAACUACCUGGUAAAGCUAUUCAGAACCCCAAGGAACAGUGCAAGGCUCCUGGAGUCCAGAUUGAUCAACCAGAAGUGCAGCACCUACUGUGGCCAUUCACACUUCACCAGUUGAGCUCGCACAACAAGCUCGAUCGGCAGCUCGAUCGAGUCCGACAUCAUCUGUCCUCAAAGCCGAUUUUGCUUGAUCCUUACCAGCCAGUUGACAUCUCGUCCUCGCCUACUCAGUCAAGGCACAAGGAAGUGAUUCACAAGUUCAGAAGAGAUCCUAGUGGGAUUGGAAUUGAGUUGCCUUCUAUGGAAAGCAUGAGUGAGGCAUUUGAUCAAAUGAAGAUGGUGAAGGAUCAAGGGAAAUUCACUCUCCCUUGCACACUUGGGCAUCUUGAGCUUGACAAUGCCUUGGUGGAUUCUGGUGCAAGCAUCAAUCUGAUCUCUCUCACAAUGGCAGAGAAGCUAGGCAUUGCUGGAGCAUUGCAGCGCCCUACUACUUCAAUCAUGUUUGGAGAUGCAACUUCUAAGUCUCCUCUUGGUGUGUUCAAGAACUAUCACUUGAAAAUUGGAGAAUGCAUCAUCCAAACUGAUCUUACUGUCAUGGAGAUGGAAGAAGAGAAGGAUCUACCUCUGCUAUUGGGAACCCCAUUCCUUAGCACAGUUGGCGCUUCAAUAGACUUUCACAAGCAAGAAGUGAUUCUUCACAAGGUGAAUAGUUUGGUGUCAUAUCGCUUGCAGCCUAGAGAGAGCCUUCAAGCUUUGUUUGAUGAGCCACUAGGAAGGGCUCUAAAAGAAGGGGAGGAUGUAGCCUCUAAGGCAAGACCAGGUGAUAAAAGAAAAUCCACCAGCUCAGGCCCCUUCAUCAAGCCAUCUCAGCUCACAAUGACCUUGUUCCCCACCAAGUUUGAAAAUGGGAAGAUUGAGUACAAGAUAAGGUACAAGGGGAGAUCAAGGCCAUUCUCUAGAGCCAAGGCCUUGGUGACUUCAGAACAAUCCAGGGACCCAUCCAAGCUAAAGGAGCUUCUGUCUCAAGUCCUCACUAUCACCCUUGAUGGUGGGACUAGCUCAACCAAUGCCUAA